AUGAACCCCUCCCCACGAUUUACUAGCCGACCAUCCCACCGGCAAGAAGGGACUGCCUUAAGGGGUAGAGCUUUGACGGGUCCAGCUUUGGCCACUAUAGAUGCUUCUAAAGAAUGGCAGACACAAGCCUAUGUGGACCCCCCUGCAGCAAAAACGAUCCCCAAUCCUCAAAAUGGCUACAUUCCUUGUGCUGAUACCAUGACGAUGCAAGAGACACUGGGGGAUCCAGUAGUCCUUUGGACAAACACUGAGGCAGUGGCAAGGCUAAACAAGCUACUGGAAGCUAACCGAAAAGGAUGUCUUUCUUCUGUCUUGCAUAGUGCUUUCCCAUCAACAAGCCUCGAUCCUCAAGGCACGACUCCUGCAACUACAGAGCAUACGGCAAACGACGAGUCUAUGGACUUGUCGGUUAGCAACACCCCCUCAUAUCAAGAUUUUCUCUUACAGCGAUCUGCAAAUUCGCCCCAGCCACUGGCUGCUCCUGUGACAUGUGACAACUUGAACCUGAAGUGCAAACAAUAA